AGGGGGGCGGAGCCAGGCCUCGUCUGGAGGAGGAGCCUCGGCCAGGUUGCCGGGCUUUGAUUUGAGGCUCGCCCUUGUGGGCGGGAAUAGCGGCCUCCGCUGGGGGCGUUAGUUAGGUUACCUAGGCGGCCGCUGAAGGAACACUCAGGCUCUGAGGCAGGAUAAGCGCAAGCAUGUGAAUUUUGGGACACAGGAGAGGGAUGGGGCGACAUGGGGGCGUGGCCUGGACCACUGACUGCAAAGGGUCCAGGAUGCGGGCUCCCGGAGCGGGAACGGCCUCGGUGGCCUCGCUGGCGCUGCUCUGGCUGCUGGGGCUCCCGUGGACCUGGAGCGCGGCAGCGGCGUUCGGUGUGUACGUGGGCGGCGGCGGCUGGCGCUUCCUGCGUAUCGUCUGCAAGACGGCGAGGCGGGACCUCUUCGGCCUCUCAGUUCUGAUUCGUGUGCGGCUGGAGCUGCGGCGCCACAGGCGCGCAGGAGACACGAUCCCGCGCAUCUUCCAGGCGGUGGCCCAGCGACGGCCCGAGCGCCUCGCGCUGGUGGACGCCAGCAGCGGUGUGUGCUGGACCUUCGCACAGCUGGACACCUACUCCAAUGCGGUGGCCAACCUGUUCUGCCAGCUGGGCUUCGCACCAGGCGAUGUGGUGGCCGUGUUCCUGGAGGGCCGGCCUGAGUUCGUAGGGUUGUGGCUGGGCCUGGCCAAGGCUGGUGUGGUGGCAGCGCUGCUCAAUGUCAACCUGAGGAGGGAGCCCCUGGCUUUCUGCCUGGGCACAUCAGCUGCCAAGGCCCUCAUUUAUGGUGGGGAGAUGGCGGCAGCGGUGGCGGAGGUGAGCGAGCAGCUGGGGAAGAGCCUCCUCAAGUUCUGCUUGGGAGACCUGGGACCCGAGAGCGUCCUGCCCGACACGCAGCUCCUGGACCCCAUUCUCGCCGAGGCGCCCACCACACCCCUGGCACAAGCCCCAGGCAAGGGCAUGGAUGAUCGGCUGUUUUACAUCUAUACCUCGGGAACCACAGGGCUUCCUAAGGCGGCCAUUGUGGUGCACAGCAGGUACUACCGCAUCGCAGCCUUCGGGCACCACUCCUACAGCAUGCGGCCCGCUGACGUGCUCUACGACUGCCUGCCCCUCUACCACUCGGCAGGGAACAUCAUGGGUGUGGGACAGUGCGUCAUCUACGGGCUGACUGUGGUGCUGCGGAAGAAGUUCUCCGCCAGCCGCUUCUGGGAUGACUGUGUCAAGUACAACUGCACGGUAGUGCAGUACAUCGGGGAGAUCUGCCGCUACCUGCUGAGACAGCCGGUUCGCGACGUGGAGCGGCGGCACCGAGUGCGCCUGGCCGUGGGGAACGGGCUGCGGCCCGCCAUCUGGGAGGAGUUCACGCAGCGCUUCGGCGUGCGGCAGAUCGGCGAGUUCUACGGCGCCACCGAGUGCAACUGCAGCAUCGCCAACAUGGACGGCAAGGUCGGCUCCUGCGGCUUCAACAGCCGCAUCCUCACGCACGUGUACCCCAUCCGCCUGGUCAAGGUGAAUGAGGACACGAUGGAGCCGCUGAGAGACGCCCAGGGCCUAUGCAUCCCGUGCCAGCCUGGGGAGCCCGGACUUCUCGUGGGUCAGAUCAACCAGCAGGACCCUCUGCGACGCUUCGACGGCUACGUUAGCGACAGCGCCACCAGCAAGAAGAUCGCCCACAGCGUGUUCCGCAAGGGCGACAGUGCCUACCUCUCAGGUGCGGAGCCGCGUGGCCGGCGACCUGCGCUCGGCUGCCCGGCUGCCCUCCCUGCUGAGGGUCUUAGCCACUCUGAUGACCUCAGCAGUCCCCACUGA